GGCAGCAUGGUUACUACACAUGAGCAGAGCGCGCUCACUCGGCGUAGUAAACGAGAGGCGCCUGACGCCUUGCCAUAAAGCUACGCUGUGCUGUGAGGGUCACAAAUCAUAUACUUGUACAUUAAGUCACCAAGUGUCCCAAUCUGGUCACUGUGGGAAUUUGAAUUCUUUCAAGAUCCUGUGUAAAUUUGGGAAACUCUACAAUUACACUCAGGAUUCAGGAGUUUUGCUUCACAAGUGAAAGACUACACAAUGCGAUCUCGUUGAGGGCUACAUCCCUGUCUUCUUAAAGGGGGAAAAAAAGAAACCUUUGGUGAGAUCAAUGCGGAACAGGAGAGCUAAAGGGGAGAGAUAAUCUUGGACACAAGAUAAAAUCUCCUCUACCCCCCCACACCCCCACACCCACGCCCCCACCUUCGUUCGUCAACUCCACAGACCUUCAGCCUGCCCUCGUCCUGACGAAAGGAGAAGAAGAAGUGAACGGCUUCAGCUGCUGAGCUGAAGAAGAGAGAUUAGAGUCGAACUGAUCCUGGCGUCUGUGAGAUGAAACUCGGGGAGGGAACACUCAACUGCAUCAGGGAGCGAACGCCAACAACUGACCCUGAGUUUGACAGUCUGGAAGAAGACACUGCCCUCCCAAGAUCCUUUGGCCAUCCUGUGCUCAAGAAUGAGUGGAACCGACUUUGCAGCUAGUUGCCGUGGAUGUUUGUGCACCACAGAAAGGCCGUCUCUUGCAGCAUGUCCAAUGCUAUGUUUCUCCUGAUGCUGUGCAAGGUCAGCUUGAGAAGAAAACUACAGAUUUUUUCUACGAAAAUGGUAAACACUUCCAUCAAUGAUGAAGAAAGGGGAAUUCAAGAUAAGGAAAGCAAGGAAGAGUCCAUACUGGCUAUGCUGGGGAUCAUUGGAACCAUCCUCAACCUGGUUGUCAUCAUUUUUGUGUACAUCUACACAACAUUGUGACCAGAGAGAUCUCUGAAAUGAUUGGCAAACCUUACAUGUUGGAGGACUGGGUGCUGAGCAGCAAAGCUAUUGACUUGCUUGUUGAUCAAAGGGGGCUCAAAGAGGAUCAUACCAAGAGACCAUUGUCUGUGGGACCCUUGAAACUGGGGCACUGGUGUGAUCAAAAGUUAUCAUAUGAACACUGUUUCCAGUUCUUCUGUAUAUAUGCAUGAGAUAAUGACUCCCACAAAUGCAGCUUGGAGUAACUGUUCAUGUUCCAAUUUAGCCAAGACCCACAUCACAGAACAGCAUCCGAAAUGCAGUUUUCAUUAAGACUGUGUAAAUCACGCAUUGAGAUUAGGAGACAACAAAAACAAGAGGCUGUAGCACAAUAUUGUGAGCUGAGCGAGCAUUCUUAUAUAAACGGGGAAAACAAUAGAUUUUUACACAGUACACCUUGAAGCUUAAGACUGAAAGAUAUUUCAGACAUGCUGUGAGCUACUAUGUGUUUCUCAUUUAUAAUGAUAAAUACUCAGAAUCUAUUAUAAGAUAUUUUGUUUAUACCAACAUGACUUUGAUAUUUGUAAUGUGUAUAUAGGAUAAAAUGGUUGGGGUAAUAUUUUAUUCACCCUUGAAUUAUGUUUUUACUGUCUAGAGACAUAGCAAAAGCUGUUUGGAAUUAUUUGAUGCAACUUAUUCUUACAUGUGUUGCCAGAAAUAUGCUACUUGGUUAUUUGGGUUUAAUUAAUAAUUCAUAGACUCAGUCGAGCCCUAGGGCUAAAAUUAAAAUAGUGGACAUCAGCAAGAAAUAUAAGGUAGUUUUUUCUUGAACCAGGGUCAACACCCCUUCCCUUUACAAAGAGUUCUUCAGGAUCCUAAGUGGCAACUGAUUCCCAAUCUCUCUCAGCGUUACGACUGAAGGCUCUCUCUCAGAUGGUAACUUUCCCAUGAAGCAUCAAUUUAUUUUUGUUCCAAAGAUCGGCGGCCAGACCUAGCAUACCAAUACCUUUCCAACUGUGUCUUCUCAGGCGAUUUUACCCUGGUGCCAUCCGGCAUACAAGCUUCAGCCAUUUAAUAAGAAGGCCAUGUGAUGGUAUGGUAUGGAUGUUGGAUAGUGUAGUUUGCACACUUCUACAUAAGUAACAGUGACAUUGUAUGUGUAAAUAAGGGUACAUGGUGCGUACUUGGUCUUUAGUGCAUUUAAUGUGUUUCUAGGUAUACAACAACAUAAGAUAAAGCGAUACUUUCAUUUAAACGUUCUGCUUAAACUUUAGUGGAUUCAUUGAAUAUACUCAUGUCUACAGCUGAGUUAUUAUAUCAAGACUGUUUUGUAUGACCACCCCAUAUUUACUCUUUAUUACAUUGUACAGUUAUCUCUUUUCACAAAGACAUAUACACUACCUGGAAAUAAUCAUCAUACUGCCUUAUACAUGAAACUAUUUUUUUUGUGUGUGGAUCCAGGAAGACAGUAACAGCUUGUUAAAUGUCAGACAGCAAUGAUUAUAACAUGUCAAUGUAUUGUAUUUUAAAUGGUUUCAGCUUAUGUUAAGGUAUAGGACUAUAACUUGCACAGGUGAUGCACUAAUGAUAUCCUUUAAGUCGAUUAGUUAGCCGAUAUUUACAAUGUUGCAGUCCAUUGCAGUUCAUUCCAUUUCUGUAAGGGGUAAAGGUGGUAGUAGAAUCAUAAAGCACAAAUAAAGAGGGCACAGUUACUUAUAAAUAUAUGAAUUAAAAAAAAAAAAUUCUGUGCCCAGAAAAGUGCCUGUGACAAAGUUUCAAGAUGCCCACAAACACUCCACGCAGCACUUAGCUCCAAGGAAAAGAUAGCCUGUCAUAACUUCAGUGGACAGUGCUGAGAAUGUAUUUCUGAAAAAUAACUGUCCGUUUUAUCAUCUUAUCUUCAAUUUCCAACAAUUAAAUAAUUCAUUGCCAUUUAACCUGCAGGUGCUUAUUAUUUUCAUUUAAAGAUAGGGGAAAACAUAUUUAGUAAUGGAGUGAAAACUUCAAGAGCCACGGAGCAGUGCCUAAAGUCUUCAAUGAUAUAUUUAACACUGGAAAGACAAAUACACAAACUGAUGUUCAUCUUUAAAGAUUGGGAAACCAUCACAGGAGUUCUGUGUUUGUCAUAACCUGCACCUGUUGUAACUAAUUUUGGAUUUCCCAGGAAAUCCACUCUUUCUCUGCAAUCUUCAUUGUAUAUUCUCUACAUAUAUUUGCCAUUUAUUUAUUUGUUAAAAUCCUAUAUGAACAACAGUUUGAAGAGAGAAAAGUGGGACUCGUAAAUGUAAUAAAGCUUCUUAAAAGGAAGUAUGGUGAUAUGA